AUGGCCGUCCUGCGGUCAACUCGCAGGCCUUUGCUUGCGACAGCAAUUUUCCUGCUUUCGUGGCAGACUUCGCAGCUUGUCAAGACGGUCUUCGUGGGUGGCGGCUCGGUGGCCAGACAGGUGCAAGUAGCGCGACAUGCUGACAGCUACUCACUUCGAUACUUCGACGUCCGCGGUGCGGCUGAGACUGUUCGCCUCCUACUUGCAGCUGCGGGACAAGAGUACGAGGACAACCGGUACCCUCUAAGCUUCGGCGUGCCUGGGGACUUCUCCACCAUCGUUCGAAAGGAAUUCGAUGAUGACAAAGCCUCGGGCAAGCUGGACAUUGCUCUCGGCAAGGUGCCCAUCUUAGAGGUCGGAGACUUCUCACUCCCUCAGAGCAAGGCCAUCGAACGAUAUCUGGCUCGAAAGCUCGGGAUGAUGGGUGACAGCGAAGAGGAGGAGGCGCUUGUUGAUGCAAUGGCAGAGCAUGUACGGGACAUCAACGAUGCCUACCAGCGGAAGGGGGUGUUCUUCAUGAAGGAUGAAGAGAAAAAAGCAGAGCUGCAAAAGAAGUGGUACGAGGAGGAGCUGCCCGACUGGCUGUCAAAGCUGGAGAAGGCUCUUCCCGGCAGCGGAGGCUUUGCUGUCGGCAGCAAGGCGUCUCUUGCCGACGUGGUUAUCUUUAAGCUUCUGAAGGACACGUACCCGGAUGAUGUCUCCGCUGCCUACGAUGCCUGCCCGAAGAUCAAGGCAAUCGUCGAGGGCAUCGACAAGAACGAGGGCAUCAAGAAGUGGCUGGAAGAGAGGCCCAAGACCUUCAUCUGA